AGAGACAAACAGACAGUCAGCCAGUUAGUCAGUCACCGUCAAUUCGGUUAGUCGCACGCGAAAAAUAUUCACGCGAAAAACAAAAAAAAUAUAUAGAUAUAUAUAGAUAUAUAUGCAUGCAUAAGCGCGCUUGCCGUCCUCGUCCCGCCCGGUUCCAUGUGUAGGGUGAUAUCAUCAAAAAAGAAUACUGUGCGAUCCAUUCAAUAUCAUAUCAAUUGAGAAAAUUCAACUAGCAAAAAACAGUAUAUUUUCUAUUUUGUUUGUUAAUUUUUUUUGCGUUUAAAUCUGUUAUGCAUUACUGCAUAGAGAUAGAGGAAGCUUCAAUAAGUUCCGAUAACGAUUGCAAAUCUCGCUCCAAUUCCAAUUCGCUGCUCAGCACUAGUUCUAUAUAGUGCAUGUGUGUGUGUGUAUCUGUGCGUGUGUGUGUGUGACGCGAUGCUCGUUCUGAACACAGAGCUACGCUUGCGCUUUCAAAAACGCAAACCGCGUCAAUUCAAUCGAGCUGCCAGCGCCGAUGAUGCGUCGCAGUCACUAGAAGCAGCGGAAAAAAACAAUAACAACAACAAUGGAGUUGUUAGCAUGAACGGCAGCAUCAGUUCUCCAUCCACGCCCAGCAAUUGUUCGGCGGUCGGCGUCGGUGGCUGCGGCGGCAGCAGCAGCAACAACAGCAUCAACAGUGGCAGCACCUAUACCGGACACUCGUCUAGCUCAUCCACAACGCCACCGCCACCGACAACACCACAGCAGCAGCAGCAGCACCAUCAUCAUCUGAGUAGUGGUGGAACAGGACGAACUGUUGGCGUUGGUGUGCCACCGCCAGCACCGCCGAAUGCGAAUGCGACAUCGACAUCGUCAUCGGGUAGUGGAUCGUCGGGGCAUAAGAACAGUUUGAAGGGUACGAAAUUGGCGAAGCGAGCGCGCUCCUUCAAGGACGAUCUGAUUGAGAAGAUCUCACUGAUGCGCACCACAAACAAUACUCUGGGUCGAUCACAUUCGCCGCACAGUCCGCGCAACAAGCAUGGAGCAAAGCCGCCGCCAACCACCGAAGAGGUCCAGCGAUCCACACAGACGCUGGAGACGCACGUCAAGGAUAUAUCGAAUGCGCUCAAGCACUUUCGUGAUGUCAUACUCAAAAAGAAACUGGAGGUACUGCCCGGCAAUGGUACGGUCAUACUGGAGACCAUUGCCAGCAUGUAUUCCGUCAUUCAGAAGUAUACGCUGAAUGAGAACAGUGCCAUCAUGAGCUCAGCCACACAGCAGGUCUAUCAAUCUCUUGGCAAGCUCAUCAAGCUCUGCGACGAGGUGAUGCUCAGCGAGAAGAGCGGCGAGUGCGCCUCCCUCAGCAAUGAGAAUGUGCGCGAGGUCAUUGAUCUCCUCGAGGAUGCAGUCCGCAAUCUGGUCACACUAGCGCAGGGCAAACUGAAGGAGCAGGAUCAAUGCGCGUUUCGCUAUGGCGGUUCUGGAUUGGGUGGCAUUGGUGCCGCCGCCGACAUAAUGGGCGCCGUUACCGCAGCAACUGCAGCAGGUGGAAUGGCUGGUGGUGUGAUGCGUACGCCGUUGGAUGCAGCUGCAGCAGCGGUGGCACAGCGCACAUCGCUACCAGACAUUGGACUGACACCCAAGGAGCGCGAUAUUCUCGAACAGAGCAAUUCAAAUCCGAUGCGCGGCUCUCACAGCACCGAGAGCAUAUUGCGCGACACGAGCCCGCCGCCAAAGCCACCGCUGCCCGAUCGGUCCAGCAAUCCGCCACCGUUACCACCAAAGCGUCGCAGCCAGCCGCAAUCACAGCUGGCGAAUACAAGCACAAACACGAAUCCAAAUAACAGUACGAACACCACCACAACCACCAGCCACUCGUCGCAGGCGAACAGCCCCUUGCCGUAUGCCCAGACGCACAACAUAAGCAUCAACUCCGAUUUGGACUGCAGUUCAAAUUUGUCGCUGCUUAACUUUGGCGUCGAUCGCCUCUCGGUACGGUCGCGUUCCCCCGAUGAAAAUAGCCAAUGCUCGAUCGACUCGGCGCUAAAUCACUCCCGCGAGGAGGAGGAGGAACACUUGCAAUUGCAAUUGCAGAAGCCGCCAACGAGACAACAACAACAACAACAGCAGCAGAUGCACCAUCAUCUCGCAGUUGACGAUGUGGACAAGCUGAUCAGUUACAAGACGCCAGCUUCAGCUCCAGCUCCAUCUGAGCCUAGUGUUGUUGCUGCUGCUCAGCUAAACCAGGAGGCAGCCACGUCAAGUUCUCAGAUGGCUGUCACUUUUGGUCCGGGCUCUCGUCCCGGCGCUGUUCUCACCACAGCUGAGGCCAGCACGGAGUUGCGCAAAGUCUCGACACCUCUAAGCAACAAUCGUCAUUCAAAUGAAUCGGGUUUCGUGUCGAUGAUGUCAUUUCGUACGUCCUCGCAUAGCGUUUCCAAGCGAUCCUCUGAGCACAGUGUGCAAUCCUCGACAAAAUCGACGAGCAGCAAUUCGGAGAUGGCGUUCAGCAGCAACAGCGAGACAACAUCCUCGUCCUCGUCUUCGGCGAUAGCAACGGCAACAACGGCCAGUCGAAGCAGCAGCAGCAACGAGUAUCAGCAGAUAAGCCAAACGCAGUUAACGCAACGCAGCCACAUCACCAGCAGCAACAACAGCAACAAUAGUAGCAUUAGCAGCAGCAGCAAAGCAGCAACAGCAACAACAAUAAUUAGCGGCAUCGAUUGCUCAUCAUCGUCAUCAGCGGAACUGGCGCCAGCAUUGCCACCAAAGACCCAGCAGCGAUCCGCAAUGUCGCGCUUUGAUGCCGCCGUGGAUGAGCUGGAUGAUAAUUAUGAAAUGCCGGAGUUGCGAACAUUGUCGCCGCAUCCGCCGCAGCAUCACUCGUCGUCGACACAGCUGAAUCAGUGGCACACCAAGCAUCACAGUUUGAUGGAGCCGCCGCGCAGCGCACAGUUGCCCAACAGUUGUGGCAAUAACACAUUUAAAUGCCAAUUAGAUGAGCCACCGCCGCUGCCCGCCAAGAAGAAGAACAUGUUUCAGAGUGUCGCCUUUUCGGUUCUGGUUUACAUGGAGAUUUGCUCGGCAAAUUCGCACUCGGUGGAGCAGCAUCGUCAUACAAUGCACGCCUACAACAUCGGUCGCAGCAUGUCGCAUAGCCAGACCCUCAACAUGAUGACAGUGAAUAAGGAGCUGUCACCGGAGAUGGAGACGCCGCCGGCGCUGCCGCCCAAGAAUUACAAGCAGCGCAAAUCAUCGACAUCGACAAUGGGGAUAACAUUACCAAUUAUAACAACACCACCGGCGAGUCCCAAGCCCAAGAAUCUGACAACGGUUUGCGAGGAGCACAACAAUGCGAUAACAAUGUUGGAUGAGGAUGUGGCAGCUGAAGCUCAAUCUGGAGCUGCGGCUGGCACUGCAAUCAUUGUUGAUUGCCAGUCACAUCAGUUGCCCAGUUGCGAUGAGUCCCAGGCAGCUGCAUCUUGUGUUGGUUCCGGCGAACCUUCGCCCAAACUGCUGGAACUCAAUGCGGAGCAGAAAGCCGAGAAAAGUGAGGAGCGUCGCAAAUCUGUGCCCGCCGAACUACAGCUAGAUGCUAAGCAGCAGCUGGGCAUGGGGGAAGAGGAGCUCGAAUUGCUGGACGAGGAGGAGGAGGAGGAUGAGGAGCAAGUCGAUAAUCAAUUGCCAAAUAUGCUAGAAGAGCUCGAUAUAACGCCAUAUCUAAUACUCAAAAAUCGUGCAGAGGAUGGUCCAGAAGUCAAAGCCGGCUACAUUGAUGCCCUGAUCGUGCACGCCAGUUGCGUCCAGAAGGUGUCCGAAAAUGCAUUCAGCGAGGCGUUCAUCACCACCUUUCGCACGUUCAUUCAGCCAAUCGAUGUGAUCGAGAAGCUGACCCAUCGCUACACAUACUUCUUCUGUCAGGUGCACGAUCAGAAGCAGAAGGCCGCCAAGGAGACCUUCUCGCUGCUUGUUCGCGUUGUCAACGAUCUAACGUCGACGGAUCUGACAAGCCAGCUGCUUAGCUUGCUGGUAGAGUUUGUGUAUCAAUUGGUCUGCUCGGGCCAACUGUAUCUGGCCAAGCUGUUGCGCAUCAAGUUUGUGGAAAAGGUGACCCUGUAUAAGGAUCUGAGGACGCCCUUGUGCUUUGUGCCCGAUCCGCAGACUAGCAGCAAUCCAGCAAAUCAGCCCAAUCUGCUCGAUCUCAAGUCAUUGGAGAUUGCCGAGCAGAUGACGCUGCUCGAUGCGGAAUUGUUUCAGAAAAUCGAAAUACCCGAAGUAUUAUUAUUUGCCAAAGAUCAGUGCGAGGAGAAAUCGCCGAAUCUCAACAAGUUCACCGAGCACUUCAACAAAAUGUCCUAUUGGGUGCGCUCCAAAAUCUUACGGCUAACCGAUGCCAAGGAGCGCGAAAAGCACGUCAACAAAUUUAUCAAAAUCAUGAAGCAUUUGCGCAAAAUGAACAACUACAAUUCCUAUCUGGCGCUGCUCUCCGCCCUCGACUCGGGUCCCAUACGCAGAUUGGAAUGGCAGAAGAGUAUUACGGAGGAGGUGCGCUCCUUUUGCGCUCUCAUCGAUUCAAGCUCCAGUUUUCGCGCGUAUCGCCAGGCGCUGGCCGAAACCAAUCCACCCUGCAUUCCCUACAUCGGUCUAGUACUACAGGACCUCACGUUUGUGCAUGUGGGCAAUCAGGACUAUGUGUCCAAGGGCGUUAUUAAUUUUUCGAAGCGCUGGCAACAAUACAACAUCAUUGUGAACAUGAAGCGUUUCAAGAAAUGCGCAUAUCACUUUCGACGCAAUGAGCGAAUUAUUGGCUUCUUUGAUAACUUCAAGGACUUUAUGGGCGAGGAGGAGAUGUGGCAGAUAUCGGAGCGGUUAAAGCCACGUGGGCGUCGCCAAAACUAUUAGUCUAUCAAUCAGCAAUCAUAGCAACAACUAUAACUACAACUAUCGUGCAAUCUUCAUAUAUAUAUAUAUAUAUGUAUACCGAUCACACACAUCGACAAGUGCAUGAGAGUGUGUGCCGUCGACUAUUCGAAACGGUUCUUUGCCACUCUGACCCUAUACGUAUUUAUAUAUACAUAUAUAUAUAUACACACAGAUAUGUAUUUAUAUAUAUAUGUAGCUAUAAAAAGUACCUACAAAAUAUACAUGUUAUUAACAAAGUUGAAUUACGAUUUGUGUAGUUGCAAAAGAACAAACAAAAAAAAAAAAACUAAGAAAAGGAAAAAAAAAAAAACACCUGCAUUGAUAUUAUAAGAGUUAUAUGUAUUAUAUAUGUAUAUGUAUUCGUAUAACAACCUAACUAAUGGUUAACCUAGUAACCGUCACGGUAUCUGACAGCACAAAUUCUGCUAGUUUUUCAGUUCAUUUGGAACCUUUUCCUAACUGUAUUAACAACGAAUUUUCAAAAGAAGACGCUCGUUUUUUUUCUUUUCCUCUUUUAAAAACUGUUAACAAAUAUUUACGUGUAUGUAGAAAAAAAAGAAGAACGAUCAUUUUAAAGAGUUUUAUGUGUGUUUUUUAAAUAACGCUAAUCCAAAAAAAAGUUAAAAAAAAGAAAAAAAAAUAGUUGUGCAUAUAGUUGACCCAAGUUCGGCUGUUUUACUUGCAAUUGUAGGCACCAAAUCCAAGAUCCAAAUACAAUUCAAAACCGCUAAUUUACCUCCCGGUUUCUAAUGCUAUAUAUCUAUAUAGAUAACUAUAUAUGUGUGUAUAGUUCAAUGUCUGA